AUGGACUUCUCAGAUCAAUACAAGCAGUCAAGCAAUCUCGUACAGUACUCGCCGAACGGACUCUACAUACUUACAGCCGUGCAGCAUCGAGUAGUCAUCCGUGACUCGGAUUCUCUGCAAAUCAAACAUUUGUUUGCAUGUAUCGACAAUGUCUCUGAAAUCGGCUGGUCGAGCGACUCAGAGCUCGUGCUAUGUGCAUCGUAUAAAUUAGGCGCUAUUCAGAUAUGGAGUUUGGCUGACUCGGCAUGGACGUGUCGUAUUGAUGAAGGGGCUGGAGGACUGAGCAGUGUCAGAUUUACACCUGAUGCGAGACAUGUCAUGUCGUUUUCAGAGUUUCAGUUACGGAUUACCAUAUGGUCACUAGUCACAAAAGAGGCUGCGUAUAUCCAAUAUCCAAAGUACUCUGAUCGCGCAUACAGUUUCCGAAGCGACUCAAAGUAUCUGGCCGUAGCUGAGCGACGGGACUGUAAAGAAUAUGUUGGCAUCUAUGAUUGUGAGGAUUGGACUAUGCUCAAGCACUUUCCUAUUGAAACGUCUGAUUUGGAAGACAUUGCAUGGUCUCCUGAUGGUCGAUUCUUGGCUAUAUGGGAGACGUGUAUCGAGUAUAAAGUCUUAUUAUAUCAUCCAGAUGGUAGGCUAGUAUCAACAUUCUCACCCUACACUAUGGGAUUGGGUAUCAAGACUGUGAAAUGGUCACCGUCAAGUCAGUUUCUCGCUGUUGGCGGAUAUGAUCAAAAGAUCCGAUUGCUGAACCACUACACAUGGACGCAGCUCGUGGAUUUCUCACAUCCGACAAAACUUGAUUCUCCUGAUAUUUUGAUUUGCCGAGAAGUCGAUUUGCGAGAUAUUAAAGAGACAGACAAGUGGGCACAAGCUGCUAAUCUCAAGCCGAAAAUAAAAUAUGAGAUAUCAAGACCACCCACCAGCAUUCCAUUCACAAAACCAGAUCCAGACAAACCAAACCCAAAAAUGGGUGUGGGUAUACUGGAAUUCAGCUGUGAUGGACGACACUUUGUCACUCGAAAUGACAACAUGCCCAACGUCCUAUGGAUUUGGAAUCUACCUGAAUUACGACAAGUAGCACUUGUCAUACAAUUGAAUCCUAUCAAGAGUGUUAAAUGGUCCCCAAUAAACCCACAAGUGUUUGCAUUCACUUGCGGUACUAGUGCUAUAUACUUGUGGGGUGGUGAAAAGGUUGGAUGUGAUGUUGUUGAGAUACCUGCUGUCAAUUUCAAUGUUACGCAAUUUAAAUGGAGUCCAGAUUCUAAAUCGUUGACUCUUUUGGACAAUAAGGACAAGUUUUGUGUUGCCUAUCCACUGCCUGAAGAUGAAAUGUGA